UUCACGUUAUGAUAAUCCGCUCGUCUGUGCUUGUUACAGCGACGGAUUCCUUUCAUGUCAGAUUGUCGAAAGAAAAUCAGAGAUGAACAUCAUACUGAGUGCGAAGAAAUCUAUUAUAUAGAAACUUUGAGCAUUCUGAAAAAAUAAAUCAUUAAUGUGACCUUGCAGUGAGGCAAUGCUGAAGAACGCCCGAUGAGCUGCAUACUACAUUCAUAGUUAACAGAAGUUCCAGACAGUCGCGUGUUUCUGUGUUUAAUAAAAAAGGUUCAAAGAUAACGAACCCUUAUUUUCUGUAGUAUUUCAAUAUUAUUUUUUUGGACAAAAUAAGCUAGAAAUGUGGCGUGUGCGCUAUGAUCACCAAAAUGGCUAUGACGGAUUAUUUUCUACGUACGAACUUCCUUACGGCGACUUCGACGAUGAAUGGCGAAGAAGCAGAAGCGAAAGUACGCCCGCUUCCAGUCGGCCAGCUAGGGAAGAAGUGCCAUGGGCGUUCGGGAGUGUGUACGACCCGGGGAGCGAGUUGGAAGCCGCGGAUGUCAAGUCAGACGAAGACCCGGUCUCAUAUCUCGCUUGGAUCAAACAACCCAACUUAAAUGACGACAAAGCUUCGAUACCAUCAGUUGAAUUUAAAAUGAAAGACAGAGAGGACAGUGAUUCAGUUCUUUUCACUGACAAAUCGCUGGAACCUAAUCAUAUGAAAUUAAAUCUCAGCAACGGGAGUUUACCUAUCAAACAGCUUGAAAAAUAUCACAAAAUCUCAGACAAUGACGACGACGACGAAGGGCAAGAAGUUCCGAAAGAUCCGAACGUGUUGCUGUACGGGAAUCACCGCCCGAUCUUUUGGGCGGUGUUCGUGCGGGUGUUACUGGUAGGCCACAACGUACUGACUGUGUGGCGCGUGACGGAGGCCCUAGGGAGCCCACUGUACUGGCUGCUUGCCGUCCUCAACCUCUUUCUGCUUCUAGAGCUGCACGUAGUCGUCGUCAAGAGGGCCGGGAUAGAAUACUCAUGGUGGACGCCGUGUUUUUUGUUUUACCUUGGGUCUACCAUUCCGUCCAUAUGGCUUCUUCAACUGCAACUUUACGAUGAAUUCACCUCCAGUGGUCCCGGAGCUGACGUCACCAGCGUGUCAACUAGCGCGCCAUCAACGCAGUUCACAGGAUUCACGACGCAGGCUCCCACCAAGCUGGCCAUGAACAACGAAGUGUGGUUGAUCAUCGUGCAGGAGGCGCUCGUAUAUUUGCUCGUGUUUAGUCGGUGGCUUCUGCCCCGCGGUGCCGUGUCGCGCGCCUUCCUGGCGGACCUGCUGCUCGAGUUUCUGGCCAUCGCUUCCGACAUCAUGGAGCUGCUCGCCGUGUUCGACGAAGAGGAGAUCCGUGGAAAUCUCAGCCUCACUCUCGCCAUACUCACUGUCUGGUCCGCCAGCUUCAUUCAGUUUAUACCUGUCCUCGUGCACAAACGCCGCUUCCGUCACGUACGGAACCCGAAGGUUCCAUGUAUUAAUCGGUACUUUGGUGACAAGUUUGUAGAAAUUGUCGUCACGCUGAUGAACAUUUUCCUGCAAGACUUACCGUUCCUUGUCGUACGUUUAUACAUAGUUUUCGAGAUCAGAAUCAUCACAUACAGCUUGAUAUUCUUUAUCCUGAAAAACAUCGUCUCGCUGAUGUUGUUGUUUUAUCGCCUUACUAUUAUGGGCAAGCGAUUGCCGAUAGUACGGCAGUGCUGUCAGAGAUUACACUGUCCGUGCAGCCCUCCCUCCGACCACCAUCAUAACACCCCUUCCUUUCACCUUCCACGUAUUGACAAGGAAAGGUCCGGUUAGAAGCUGGAGGAAAUAAGUGACAGGCACCCAAUGCUUUUAAAAGCACGAACAUGACAUGUACCAAGGAAAUGAGGUGAAAUAAGCAGGUUAUGGAAAUAAAGGUUUAUGCAAAAUAUGUUUGUUGGUCGAGAGAUUUUUGCAGGUGGAACACUAAAAUAUACAUGGCUGUUUUACAAUUUAUAUUUCAGUUUGAUAAUAUCGCCCGGUUUUUCUGACUAGAGUCGACUCUAUCAUAUUUGACAUAGCAAUGAAUAUAUAGACAUGUGAAGAAUGCAUUAUGUUAAUGUGUGCACUGAACUGUUAAAUGUAUCUUUAUAGAAGAUGUAUUUUGUAGCAAUGGUUAAUUAA